UUGAGCAAAGUAGUAAGAGAUUGCCAUUAUAUGAAAGCACGACGAUUUAYACUGUCUAAUGCCAAGAACUCAUGCAAUGCAGUCAAUAAUCUCGCCUUAUUUAAUGGCGAAAUGAAUUAACCACAGGAAUCCCAACUAUCUAGACAUGUUUGUUUCAGUGUUUGUUUAGAAUGUUUCAAGAUGGCGGACGGUCUGGUGGUUUUACUUCGUUCUCCAUCGAGCCCUGAAUAUGAUGAUAAGUACCACAAGAUUUUAUCAACAAAUGGGCUCACUGUAGUUUCUUUACCUGUUUUGUCAUUUGAGUUUCAUAACUUGGACAAGCUAAUAGAGUUAUUAAGCCAGCCUCAUCACCACAGUGGAAUUAUCCUGACCAGCCAGAGAAGUGUUGARGCACUUGAAAUUGCAGUUACUAGCAUUGGUCAGUCAGAAUGGUUGGAUCACCUGAAGAACGAAUGGCAAKAUCUUCAUCUGUUUGYAGUUGGAGAUGCAACAUCUCAGUCAAUGAACGACAAACUUGGAUUGUCAUGCUCAGGRUAUGAGGCUGGAAGUGCAGAAAACCUUGUGCCUUUGAUUGUAAAAGAAAUAAAGAGCAACAAUAAACCACUCUUGUUUCCAUGUGGAAAUCUUACCAAAGAAACUAUUCCACAUAAAAUGACCAAAGCAGRAAUAAAUCUUCAAAGUGUCCAAGUCUAUAGAACAUGUCCACAUCCAGACAUAAAGAAGAGUGUAUUAGAGGUGGUUCAGUCUAAGGGUCAUCCAUCUGUAGUAGUGUUCUUCAGCCCUUCUGGUGUUGAAUAUUCUUUACAAAUACUACAAGAUGUACUAAAAGAUUUUACAAGUGUCAAGCUGGUUGCUAUUGGCAACACUACAAAUAAAGCCAUGAUUGACAAGGGAUUGCCUGUUGCUGGGGUUUCCAAGAAACCCAACCCAGACUUCCUCUGUCAGUGUAUUAAGGAUUGUUUCACAGCCGAGCAAUAGCUCCAAUGUUGUCAUGGUUACACCAUCGAAUAUCAUGCAAAUGUAAUGAAAGGUUUCUAUUUAGAGUAAUAUACAAUUUGCCCAUGUAUUAAGCCCAGAAGACUUAUGGCAAAUUUAAUAUGUUGGCAUUUCUGCUUGUGACUUUCCAUUAUUAGUGAAAUAAGAUUGUUAUAAUUAGUCGGGCUACCCGUAGUCUCUUGUAGAACACGGAAGAAUAUACGUCUGCAAAAUAUAUUUAUAAAAAAACAUAUUCAUAUUCAUAUUCAUAUUCAUAUUCAUAUUCAUAUUCGGUGCAUAUGAGUGCACCAAAGUCUUCACAUGUGAUAUGCGGUGUUUGAGUGGUGCCUACUUUAAUGAAAAUAAGUGCUCUCUUUAAUGAUGSUAAUUUCUACUUUUUUAACUAUAUUUCGAUUUUCGAGUUGUGAAUUUUAGUUGAACUGCGGCUGUUUAUUAAAAGUCGUUCUUAAUCAUUAUCAGUAAAUAGGAAAGGUGCAAAUGCUUAUGGCACACAUUGGAGGAAAAUAUUGUAAUUAGCAAUUAUUCAUUUGUUAGACUUUUAAAGUUAGGAAUUCAAAACAUGUAUUUUUCUACUGUUAUAUAUGCAAUUUAAACACAUACUAUUUCACAUUAUUGUAAAAAUAAUUUUUAAUUUAUUUAAAGAUGAAAAGGCACAUAGAAUAUUCCAAUCUAUCAGAAAAUUUGGUAUGAAAUAUCUUUAUUUCUCACUUUUGGAAAUUACAAUAGUGUUACCUCUAUAUUUUCRAAGUAUUCAAAUAAAAAAAU